GCGGCUGUGCCGUGACCAGCACCCUGACCCAGCACCCUGCCACGGGGGCAAGAGUGCCCCAAGCCCCCCUCCACCAUGUUCAACCUGAUGAAGAAAGACAAAGAGAAGGAUGGGGCCCGGAAGGAGAAAAAGAAGGAGAAGAAGGAGCGAAUGUCAGCAGCUGAGCUCAAGAGCCUGGAAGAGAUGAGCAUGCGCAGGGGCUUCUUCAACCUCAACCGUGCCUCCAAACGGGACUCCAAGACCCGCCUGGAGAUCUCCAACCCCAUCCCCAUCAAGGUGGCCAGUGGCUCUGAACUGCACCUCACGGACAUUGACUCCGACAGCAACCGGGGCAGUGUCAUCUUGGACUCGGGCCACCUGAGCACAGCCAGCUCCAGUGACGAUCUCAAGGUGGACGAUGGCAACUUCAAGGGCUCGGUGCUGCAGCGGGCGGCCAAGUUUGGCUCCUUGGCCAAGCAGAACUCCCAGGUGAUCGUCAAACGCUUCUCCUUCUCCCAGAAAAGCCGGGAUGAGAGCACCUCGGAGACCUCCACCCCCUCCGAGCACUCGGCAGCCCCCUCCCCGCAGGUGGAGGUGCGCACGCUGGAGACCCCACUUGACAAGCAAGGGGUUCCCCCUGGACAGCCCUGCACCCCUCCUACCACCUCCUUGCGUGCCAGGGUGCCAGAGCUCAUCGGCAAGAGGUUCCCCACCGAGCUGCGGCUGCCCGCCUUGGUGCCCCCCCAGCCCCCCACCCCACGGCAGCUGGAGCUGCAGAGGCGCAACACCGGCGAUUUCGGCUUCUCCCUGCGCCGCACCACCAUGCUGGACCGGGGGCCUGAUGGGCAGGUGUACCGGCGCGUCGUGCACUUCGCCGAGCCCGGAGCCGGCACCAAAGACUUGGCGUUGGGAUUGGUGCCGGGGGACCGGCUGGUGGAAAUCAACGGGCUAAACGUGGAGAACAAAUCCCGGGAUGAGAUCGUGGAGAUGAUCCGGCAGUCAGGGGAGACGGUGCAGCUGAAGGUGCAGCCCAUCCUGGAGCUGAGCGAGCUGAGCCGGUGCUGGCUGCGGGGCGGCCAGGGGACACGCCGUGCUGCCUGGGAUGUCAAGGACGAGGACAAAUCUUUAGCUGUGAAAAGACCCGUGAAGGAGGACGGGCCUUCAGAGAGCACGAAGGAUGUGGCAUCUGCACCCCCGAAACCUGAGCCCUCAAAACCUGAACCCCCGAAAUCUGAGCCCCCAAAACCUCAGCCUGCGAAGAGCCCUGAGCCACCUGCUGGAAGAGGGAAGAGCCCAGAGCCGGUGCUGAACGGGGCGGCCAUGAAUGGGCUGGAGGGCCCGGCUACUGAGGCACAGGAGGACAACAGCCAGGGCCUGUCCCGCCGCAGGGUGGUCCGGGUGGUGCGCAAGGUGGUCCGCAAAGUCCUGCCAGGGGAGGACGCUGGCAGUGCCAAGGAGCCAGGGCAAGAUGCCAAGUCUCCCGAGCCAGUGCCACCCCCCAGGAAGGAGGAGACAGGCCGUGCGGGUGUCCCGGCUCCCCCGGCCCCACCACCACCUCCCCCCGCUGUGGUGCCGGCAGCCCCUGCCAAACCGGAACCCAAGGAUGAGAUCUCAGCAGGGCUCAAAACCCUCAUGGCGAAGGGCAAAACCAAGGAGCACCGGCCGCGGCUCCGGCCGGGGGACAGGCAGGAGAAGUCCCCCGAGCCGGCCGGUGGGGACGCGAAGCCGUCCCUGUCCCCGGGCACCGAAGCCAAGCCGGAGCUGCUGGUGCAGCCUUCGGGAGGGAAAGCGGAGCCAGCAAAGGCAUCUGCUCUGAAACCCACCGCCCUGGAGAGGCACAAGAAGCAGCAGACCAGCGAGAAGCGGCCGACCCCUGUGAAAACCGCCCCGACGCCCCCCAAGCAGGCUGCCCCCGGCCCUGCGUCCCAGCUGAGCCCAUCUGAGGAAGCACAGCUCCGACUGGAGAGGAUCUUCACUACUUCUCUGGACCCCGCCGCCUCUGCCUCGGCACCCAGCCAGGGUCCAGUGGACGAUGCGCCGGCAGCUCCCCUUGGCCCCGUCCCUGCCGCAGCUCAGGCCAAAUCAGAGGAGCAGAUAGCGGCUGAGGAGGCCUGGUACGAGACUGAGAAGGUGUGGCUGGUGCACAGGGAUGGCUUCUCCUUGGGCAGCCAGCUGCAGCCAGAGGCGGGCAGUCCCCUGCCCGAGGGCAAGGUGAAGGUGAAACUGGACCACGAUGGAGCCAUCCUGGAGGUGGAGGAGGAUGACGUGGAGAAGGCGAACCCCCCAUCGUGCGACCGCGUGGAGGACCUCGCCAGCCUCCUCUACCUCAACGAGUCCAGCGUGCUGCACACGCUGCGGCAGCGCUAUGGCGGCAACCUCCUGCACACCUACGCCGGGCCCACCAUGGUCAUCAUCAACCCGCUGAGCUCCCCCUCCAUGUACUCUGAGAAGGUCAUGCACAUGUUCAAGGGGUGCCGCAGGGAGGACACGUCCCCGCACAUCUACGCGGUGGCCCAGGCCGCGUACCGCAGCAUGCUGAUGAGCCGUCAGGACCAGGCCGUUGUGCUGCUGGGUGCCAGCGGCAGCGGCAAGACCACCAACUGCCAGCACCUGGUCCAGUACCUCGCCACCAUCGCCGGCAGCACCGGCAAGGUCUUCUCCGCGGAGAAGUGGCAGGCUCUCUACACCAUCCUGGAGGCUUUUGGCAAUAGCAGCACCAGCAUGAACGGCAACGCCACCCGCUUCUCCCAGAUCAUCUCUCUGGACUUCGACCAGGCUGGGCAGGUGGCAUCUGCCUCCGUACAGACACUGCUGCUGGAGAAGCUGCGUGUGGCCAGGCGCCCGGCCAAAGAGGCCACCUUCAACAUCUUCUACUACCUGCUGGCCUGCUCCGACAGCACCCUGCGGACUGAGCUUCACUUCAACCACCUCGCAGAGAACAACGUCUUCGGCAUUGUGCCCCCCUCCAAGCCAGAGGAAAAGCAGAAGGCGACCCAGCAGUUCAGCAAGCUCCUGGCAGCCAUGAAGGUGAUGGGCAUCUCAAGUGAUGAGCAGAAAGCCUUCUGGCUCAUUCUGGGGGCCAUUUACCACCUGGGAGCUGCUGGGGCCACCAAAGAGCCGCUGGCAGACGGAGCCGACGCCGACGAAGCCGGGAGGAAGCAGUUUGCACGUCACGAGUGGGCUCAGAAAGCCGCGUACCUGCUGGGCUGCAGCCUGGAGGAGCUCUCCUCUGCCAUCUUCAAGCACCAGCCCAAGGCCACCCUGCAGCGCUCCACCUCCUUCCGGCAGGGCCCCGAUGAGUCCCCCCUGGGGGAUGGUGGAACAGGUCCCAAGCUGACGGCGCUGGAGUGCCUGGAGGGCAUGGCAUCUGGUUUGUACUCCGAGCUCUUCACCCUCCUCAUCUCCCUCCUCAACAGGGCGCUGAAGUCGAGCCAGCACUCAGUGUGCUCGGUGACAGUUGUUGACACCCCCGGGUCACAGAACCCUGAGCUGGCAGGGCAGAGCCGGGGGGCCACCUUCGAGGAGCUCUGCCACAACUAUGCCCAGGAGCGCCUGCAGCUCCUUUUCCACCAGCGCACCUUCGCCCGCGAGCUGGAGCGAUACAAGGAGGAGAACAUAGAGCUCACCCUGGCUGAUGCUGAGCCCGGCUCCUCUGACUCCGUAGCUGCUGUAGACCAGUCCUCACACCAGGCACUGGUCCGGUCACUGGCCCGCACAGACGAGGCGCGGGGGCUGCUAUGGCUGCUGGAGGAGGAGGCACUGCAGCCGGGUGGCAACGAGGACACCUUGUUGGAGCGGCUCUUCUCCUACUACGGCCCACAGGAAGGAGGCAAGAAAGGGCACAACCCUCUGCUCCCCAGUGACAAACCCCGACACUUCCUCCUGGGUCACAGCUCGGGGACUAACUGGGUGGAGUACGAUGCCACCGGAUGGCUCAACUAUGUCAAGCACAACCCAGCCUCCCAAAAUGCCUCCGUCCUGCUGCAGGAGUCCCAGAAGAAGGUGAUCAGCAGCCUCUUUGCUGGCCGUGGUGGGUCGGCACUGGUGCUGUCAGGCUCAGUGGCAGGGCUGGAGGGGGGCUCCCAGCUGGCCUUGCGCCGGGCCACCAGCAUGCGCAAGACCUUCACCACCGGCGUGGCCGCCGUCAAGAAGAAAUCCCUCUGCAUCCAGAUCAAGCUGCAAGUGGAUGCCCUCAUCGACAGCAUCAAGAAGUCCAAGCUCCACUUCGUGCACUGCUUCCUGCCCAAGGCAGCGGGGGGUGGCGGGGACCCCCAGGCUCUGCCGUGCCGGCGGGUGAGCGGCAGCGAGCUGGAGCUGCCAGCGGAGCACUGCGAGGCCGGGCUCAUGCAGCUGGAUGUGCCCCUCCUGCGCGCACAGCUCCGUGGCUCCCGCCUGCUCGACGCCCUCCGCAUGUACCGCCAAGGUUACCCCGACCACAUGGUGUUUGCGGAGUUCAGGCGGCGCUUCGAUGUCCUGGCCCCACACCUGACCAAGAAACACGGGCGCAACUACAUUGUGGUGGAUGAGAAGCGGGCAGUGGAGGAGCUCCUGGAGUCGCUGGACCUGGAGAAGAGCAGCUACCACAUGGGCUUGAGCCGGGUGUUUUUCCGGGCUGGAUCACUGGCCAAGCUGGAGGAGCAGCGGGACACACAAACCAGCAGGAACAUCACCCUCUUCCAGGCAGCAUGCAGGGGCUUCCUGGCACGGCAGCACUUCAAGAAGAGAAAGAUCCAGGAUUUGGCCAUCCGGUGCGUGCAGAAGAACAUCAAGAAGAACAAGGGGGUGAAGGAUUGGCCGUGGUGGAAGCUCUUCACCACUGUGCGGCCCCUCAUCGAGGUGCAGCUCACCGAGGACCAGAUCCGUGGCAAAGACGAAGAGAUCCAGCAGCUGAAGAGCAAACUCGAGAAGGUGGAGAAGGAGCGUAACGAGCUGAGGCUCAACAGCGAUCGUCUGGAGAGCAGGAUCACAGAGCUGACAUCGGAGCUGACGGACGAGCGGAACACCGGCGAGUCAGCCUCCCAACUGCUGGACGCUGAGACAGCCGAGAGGCUGCGGGCUGAGAAGGAGAUGAAGGACCUGCAGGCAAAGUACGAUGCCCUGAAGAAGCAGAUGGAGUCAAUGGAGAUGGAGGUGAUGGAGGCUCGGCUCAUCCGGGCAGCCGAGCUCAACGGGGAGCUCGAUGAUGAUGAUUCAGGUGGCGAAUGGCGGCUGAAAUACGAGCGGGCAGUGCGGGAGAUCGACUUCACCAAGAAACGAAUGCAGCAGGAACUGGAGGACAAGCUGGAGGUGGAGCAGCAGGGCAAGAGGCAGCUGGAGCGGAAGCUGGCUGACCUGCAAGCAGACAGCGAGGAGAGCCAGCGCGCGCUGCAGCAGCUGAAGAAGAAGUGCCAACGCCUGGCUGCUGAGCUGCAGGACACCAAGCUGCACCUCGAGGGACAGCAGGGACGCAACCAUGACCUGGAGAAGAAGCAGAGAAGGUUUGACAGCGAGCUCUCUCAGGCACAUGAGGAGGCACAGAGGGAACGGCUGCAGCGGGAAAAGCUGAGUCGCGAGAAGGAUGUGCUGGUGGCUGAGGUCUUCGGCCUCAAGCAGCUGCUGGAGGACAAGGACUCGGACAUCGCAGGGCUGACGCAGAAGGCGGAGGCACUGGAGGCAGAGCUGCAGGACAUCUCCUCCCAGGAGUCUAAGGACGAAGCCUCCCUGGCCAAGGUGAAGAAACAGCUGAGGGACCUGGAGGCGAAGGUCAAAGACCAGGAGGAGGAACUGGAUGAGCAGGCUGGGACCAUCCAGAUGCUGGAGCAGGCGAAGCUGCGGCUGGAGAUGGAGAUGGAGCGGCUGCGGCAGACCCACGCCAAGGAGGUGGAGAGCCGUGACGAGGAGGUGGAGGAGAUCCGGCAGUCGUGCCAGAAGAAGCUGAAGCAGAUGGAAGUGCAGCUGGAGGAAGAGUAUGAGGACAAGCAGAAGGUGCUGAGAGAGAAACGGGAGCUGGAGAGCAAGUUAUCUGCUGUCAGCGAGCAGGCCAACCAGCGGGACUUCGAGACAGAAAAGCGCCUGCGCCGGGACCUGAAGAGAACGAAGGCGCUGCUGGCUGAUGCUCAGAUCAUGCUGGACCACCUGAAGAACAACGCACCCAGCAAGAGGGAGAUCACCCAGCUCAAGAACCAGCUGGAGGAGUCGGAGUUCACCUGCGCAGCCGCUGUCAAGGCCCGCAAAUCCAUGGAAGUGGAGAUCGAGGACCUCCAUCUGCAGAUUGACGACCUCUCCAAGGCCAAGGCAGCGCUGGAGGAGCAGCUGAGCCGACUGCAGCGGGAAAAGAAUGAGGUGCAGAGUCGGCUGGAGGAGGACCAGGAGGACAUGAAUGAGCUGAUGAAGAAGCACAAGGCAGCUGUAGCCCAGGCGUCCCGAGACCUGGCGCAGAUGAAUGACCUCCAGGCACAGCUGGAGGAGGUCAGCAAGGAGAAGCAGGAGCUGCAGGAGAAGCUACAAGGCCUGCAGAGCCAGCUGGAGUUCCUGGAGCAAUCCAUGGUGGACAAGUCACUGGUGAGCCGGCAAGAAGCCAAGAUCCGCGAGCUGGAGACCAGGCUGGAGUUCGAGCGGACGCAAGUCAAGCGCCUGGAGAGCCUGGCCACGCGGCUGAAGGAGAACAUGGAGAAGCUGACGGAGGAGCGGGAUCAGCGCGCAGCCGCCGAGAACCGGGAGAAGGAGCAGAACAAGCGGCUGCAGCGACAGCUCCGUGAUGUCAAGGAGGAGAUGGGCGAGCUGGCCAAGAAGGAGGCAGAGGCCAGCCGCAAGAAGCACGAGCUGGAGAUGGACCUGGAGAGCCUGGAAGCUGCCAACCAGAGCCUGCAGUCAGACCUGAAGCUGGCCUUCAAGCGCAUCGGGGACCUGCAGGCAGCCAUCGAGGAUGAGAUGGAGAGCGACAGCAACGAGGACCUUAUCAACAGUUUGCAGGACAUGGUGGCAAAGUAUCAGAAAAGAAAGAGUAAACUUGACGGUGACUCAGAUGUGGACUCGGAGCUGGAGGAGCGUGUGGAUGGGGUGAAGUCUUGGCUCUCCAAGAACAAAGGCUCCUCCAAAGCACUCUCGGAUGACGGCAGCCUGAAGGGCAGCAGGUCAGCCCCCCCAGAUGGUCCCGAGGCUGAGGAGCGACCAGUGUCAGUGUUGAGCUCCCUCAGCUACAGGAAGCGACCGGGCCUCAAGGACUCCAUAGGCGGCCGCGGGGAUGAGCAGACGCUGUUCAAUGCUCUGGGCGAGCGGCCGCCGUCCCCCGAGCGCCCGGCGCGCAGGAAGGCCCGUGGUGGCGAGCCUGAGGACCGGGCGGCCGUCAUCGCCCGCGCCUUCGCCGACGCCAGCGGUCGGGCUCGGCAAGGGCUGGACAAGCGGUGGUCCCUCUCGGCCACCGACGUUGAGAAAGCUUCCGUUGCCUCUGCUCCAGUGAGCCGAGUGUCUUCCACCUCCUGGCGUGGGCUGGAGGAUGGGGAUGAUGGGGACGAGGGGUGCUCCGUGCUGAGCUUUGCCCUCUCCAGCCCCGGCAGCUUGCGGAGCAGGCGUGGGGGGCCUGAGGGUCGUCCCGAAUCGCGGCUCUCCCUGGCCCGCAGCCGCCUGGAUGAGGCGGACGAUGGGUCCCGCGGGCAGCCCCUCUUGGGGCGCAGCUUCUCUGUGCCCCCACGGCCCCGCAGUGCAGCCUCGGAGGAGGAGGGCCCUGGGGACGCCCGCCCCGUGGGGCGCCGCUCCUACCUUGACCCCGACCUGGAAGCUGCCAUCCAGGAGGUGCUGAGCUACCGCCCGCUGAGGUCCAGGGGGUGCUCCAGCCCCGAUGCUGACUCAGGGGAUGACGGCCGGAGCGUGAGGAGUGUCCGGAGCGCGGCCCCCCUGGGCGCUGCCGAUCGGCCCUCUGGCAGCCUGCGCCGCUCCGCGUCUGCCCUCGACUUCUCCCGGCACACCUGCCGGUGCCGCAGCAGCUCGGGCUCCUCUGAGGAAGAGGAGGAGCGGAAGAAGAAGAGCGCCAAGAAGCGCACCAAGAAAUCCAAGAAGAAAUCCAAAAAGAAGAAGAAGAAGCAGGAGUCAUCAUCUGACUCCAGUUCCUCCUCUGAGUCCUCCUCUGGCUCCACCAGCUCCUACCGCAGCACUUCCAGUGUCAAGAAGGGCCCACGGGCGGUGGGGGGUGAGGAACCGACACGUCCUGCCCGGGGCAAGAAGGAGGAGAAGCAGCGGAAGAAGCAGGUGGACAGCCUGAUGAUGAAGUACCUGUACCGGCCCGAGAGCGACUGAGGCAGGAGCCCCACGAGCUCCCGGCACACCUUCACCUAUGACAGAUGGGACGAGGAGCAGGACGCCGGGGACAGCACACGCCGCUCCUCCCGCAGCUCCCCCAGUGCCAGCG